AUGGCGCCGCCCGCAGCCUCUGCUCUGAGGAGUACAAAGACAAAGGAGUCUUGGAAGUCAAGCCGGCUGGUGGGGUGAACCAUGGCCGGGUGUAAAAAUGCAUUAACCCGGGGUCUGUGCCGCUGUGGGAACUGGCAUAGAGGCCCUGGAGAGGGAGGCUGGCACCUGUCUCUGAUCUCUGCAGAGGAAGUUGAAGAACAAAUAAUUCAGUAUCAGCUGGAAAAAGAGCAGCAGAGACUGGUUCGUUUCCAGGGGGAGGUAAAGCGAAGGGUUAAUCAGCACGCCAAACAGCGGAAACGACAUCAGCUACAGAAAUCGUACGAUGCUUUGGCACGGGAGGGU